CUCUCUCUCUCUCUCUCUCUCUCUCUCAACUCGCAGCUCGCAGAAGCCAUCCAAAGUUGGAAAUUUGAUGCGCAGGGGUGGUUGACUUUGGUCUUAGAGAGCUUGGAGCUCUGAAAGUUUUCAUCUUGUUUUUCAAUAGGUUUCUUAAUUUCAGGAGGAGAUUCAAUCUGAGUUUUGCUCAAGAUGCAAUCUUUUAGUUCGAGACCUGGAUCAUCUGAGGUGCAGCGAAAGAGUUCUCCAUCUGCUCCCAAUUCCAGAAGGAGUCUUUCGCCCUGUUUAAGAAAAAGUUCAAUCGUUUGGUCUAAUUCUACUGAAUCUAAACCUUCAAAGGUUUCUGAACGGAAGCCCUCUCCAAAGCCACAAUCUUUCCAAGAGAAGCAAAAACCUGUGAGAGUUCCCGACAUGCAAGAGCAAUGGGGCCAGCUCCAGGAGGACCUGAGGAGGACGAAGGAGGAGAGAUCCUCUGCACUUCAAGAACUUGAAGAACUGAAAAAGAAGAAGAAUGAAGAAUCCUUACAUAGCCAAGAUAGGAUAAAUAUGUUAGAACAAGAAGCAGAAAAGGCGAAGGAAUCAGAAGGUAAAAUGCUCGAGUCACUGUUUUCUCAGACCAAGCAGCUUGAGCAAACAAAGAUUUUGCUCGAAGAAGCCAAGCUGGAGAUAAGGAACCUUCCAUGCUUAAGCUGUCCAAACCCAGAAAAUGAUGGAUCGUUAGAUUCUAUUCAGGCCACGGACGAAAUCAGAAAGCUUAGAAAUGAGCUCAGGUUGGCUCUGCAGGCUGAAGAGAAGAGCAAAAAAGCUAUGGAUGAUUUAGCAAUGGCCCUUAUGGAAGUGACUGCUGAGGCCACCCAGGCAAAAUCAGAGCUUGCUGCAACAAAAUCCGAGCUUGAAGAGGUUAGAGCUGAAGCUCAACAUUCUAAUAACUCUCUGUUACAAAGUAGCGAACAGAAGCUACACGAUGUACUGAAGGAGUAUAACCAACUUAAGCAAGAAUAUGAGGAUUCCACUGUUGCCUGGAAAGAGAAAGAAGACAGCUUUAUGAACUGCAUAAAGAUUUCUGAAGAAGAAACGAACAAAAAGGAUCAAGAGAUUAGCAGACAAACAGAUGCACAUAGAAUGGCUAGAGAAGAGACAUCGAAGCUUAGGGAUAUAAUCAAACAAGCAAUAAACGAAGCUACAGUGAUUAAGGAAUCUUUAGAAAUUGCCAGAUUGCAAAAUUAUGAACUUGAGGAACAGCUCUCAAAGAAGGAAAAUGAGUUGCAGCAGAUCAAACAUGAUUAUGAAAGCUUAAAAGUGAGCGAGGCUGCUGCUCUUGACAGCGUAAGAGAACUCAAGAGCCUUCUUGCCUCGGUUUCAGCUGCAGAAUCAAACAAGAUCAAAACUUUGUCAGAUUUUGAAUCUUUCAAACUUUCAAAAGCGACAGCUGAUGAUCGAAAGAUAAGUAAGAGUGCGAGGAAAUUCUCAUCUGAUCGAUGGACAGACAUGAAACCUCUGGUACAGCAGAAUGGCCACAGGCUUUCGGUUGGAGAGUCAGAUUUGUGCAGGGGUUUGGGAUUGGAGAAGGAGAAACCUGGUUCUGUAUCGAAUGGGCAUGAUAUUGGUCUCCCUUCAUUUUUGUUCAGUGAUGACAGGGGAAUCAAUACUGAUGAUUUUGAUCAUUUACAUGGGAUUCUGUUCAGUGAUACAGAGAAUGAGAAGAAGAAGAAGAAGAGGACGGCUUUACGAAGAUUUGGGGACGUGCUGAUGAGGAGGAGCGUUCACAAACCUUAGUUUAUUGUUUAGGUGAGUUAAAGAUUUGAUUCAUAAGCUUUGUAGGUUCUGUAAGUGUAUGAUAUAGUUUGUAAUAAGGUUCUCAGGUGUAUGUUGUAUGGAUACAGACACGAGGAUGCAAACCCGAGGACGCGAACCUGGACCCGAUACGAUAUGAACAAUUAUGUUAUUAAAAAUAUAGGGCAUUGGCAUGCGUCG